AUGUUGGUGAUGGACCAGGAGGGGAGGCUGGGUUUGAAGGUAGGGCAGGCGAGGGCGGAGGCGGAGCAGGUUGAGGAUGUGGUUGUGGUUGAGGAGGCUGGUCUGGUCGAGGCUGUUGUGGUUGAAGUUGUUUUGGAUGAUGCGGAUGGUGUGGUGGAAGAUUUGGUAGUGGAAGAUGGGGAUGGGGAUGAAGUUGCUGUUGAUGGUUUUACUGCUGAAGAAGUCGUUAUGGGAGAUGCCGCUCUCGAUGAAACCGCUGUCGAUGAGACUAUGGUCGACAAUGCUGCUGUUGAUAUUGUUGUUGUGGAAGACGUGGUUGCAGACGAUACUACUGUGGAUGAUGCUGCUGUGGACGAUGCUGUUGUGGACGAUGCUGUUGCAGCAUAUGCAGCUGUAGAUGAUACAGCAGUGGAUGAUGCUACCGCCGACGAUAUUACCGACGGGGAUGCUACCGACGAGGAUGCUACCGCCGAUGAUACUGCUGCUGCUGAUGUUACUGCGGAAGGCGCUGCGGAAGGCGCUGCGGAGGAAGAUACGUUCCAUGGUGCCGAUGAGUCGGGUUGA